AUGAAAUACUACAAUCUUAUUUCUCUUGCUUUAAUAUUUAUUGCUGUAAGAGCUCAUGAAGAAGACACUUCACAGAAGGAUGAUAAUAAAGGAGAAGUGAUACUGUUUAAUGAUGAGAAUUAUAUGAAAUUGUUUAAGGAAUAAGCGCUUGCAGAGGCAAAGACAAAGCCAUUGUUUGUAUUUUUCUUGAUUAGAGAUUGUGAUUCAUGCAUACAUCAUGCUAAGGAUUGGAUUCAGCUCAGCAAGGUUACAUCCAAGUAAUACAAAAUAGCAAGAACAGAUUGCUAAUUUGAUUCCCAAGUUUGUCCUAAAUUUUAGAUUGACCAGUUUCCAUUCCUUUUGUUGUUCAAGAAUAAUAAGAUUUACAAGUAUAAAGGAGGUUUAGAGUUCAAUGAACUACUUAAUUUUUUGAGCGCAGAUAAUUAUAAGGAGGCUGAAAUUUACUCAGAAAACACUUAAGAUCUAUUUCUUUAAGUAUCAGGUGAAUAUUCACUCUCUGGAAAGGUAAUAAGAUUAGGUUAGGAUUUCAUUUCAUGGAGUGAAAAGCAAUCAAAAUUCAUAUUUAAGAAAAUUGGCUUGUACUAUUGGUCAGAUAACUCUAAGCUAUUGUGCUUUACAGUUGUUACUACAGGAACCCCCACAGUCAUUUUGACGUUUUACUUCAUGGUUAGCUGCAGAUACCUGUUCAAUUUGAUAUUUGGAGCUAAUAAACCUCAUUAGCAUAGCAAUCACUAUAACCAACAUAAUCAUUCUGUUAAUGGGCAGAAGCAAGCUUAGUAAUAAGAAAAUCUAGGGAAAAAAUCUAAGAAAAGCAAGAAAAAUGAUUGA